AUGCCAGACGACCAUGACCACACCCACGACGAGGAUCCAGAAUACGCGCGAAAGAUCUAUCUACCACUUGACAAACUCGAUAAAUGCGCAGUAUGUGCGAAAACACAGGGCUUGAAGUGGUGCGUUUCUUGCGGUGAGAUUCUCUAUUGCUCUGUAGAUUGCCAGAAAAAGGAUUGGAAAUCUCACAAGGUCAAAUGUGGCCAAACGGACAGGAUCGACCUGACCACCUACUAUCCAUUCAUAGCCUGUACCGUUACGGCUUGCCAUAUGCAUCCUGACAUCCAGCACCCUGCCUUGCGUCACCAAAUCGUCAACUCUCCAAACCCAUACAGUGGUGAUAUCGUAGACUUUCCUAACGGCAUCUCAGCCAAACUCGUCCUUCUCGGCGACAAGAUCGCUAUGGAAGAAUUUGCUUCGCCGAAGUGGUGGCCCACCGCCGAGUCACCGAAGGUGCGCUCCAAACUAAUGCGUCGCAUCGUUAACGAAGGCUUGCUCCUGCCGAUUUUGCUGGCGACGACUAUCGCGCUGGUGUCGGAGAUCUAUACGACGAGUGCGAUUCCGCCAGGCCAGCCUCUUUGGUACCAGCUGACAGACCGCCGUCGUGUGCGCCUAUCGUACAACAAAUCGCCUAUCGUCGACUUCGGCAUCGCGAAAGGUACCUCUAUCAGGGUUACCGCGCAAGACAGGCUGGCAUACUACAACCUAGAGACGAACGAGUUCCUCAUGGGCCAGGACCCGCUCGACCACUACUGGAUGUACUUCACGACGCUCAACGGGCACGAGUACUAUCUGGAUUGCGGCAUGUUCACAUUCAAUUUCUGCCAUAUGGUCGCCGACUGUGAGAAGUACUGUCGAUACGGCCUGCCGCCCUUGAACUACGUCCCUGCUUUCUUCUACAACCAAGAGAUGGAGAAGGUCAUGCCCCUCGACUCGGAUAAGAUCGGCUGGAAGGCCAAGGAGCGCUUCUCAAUCUUGCGCAACCCCGACUUGAUCAAGACCCUCAAGUUUCCUCAACUGGAAUACUGCUCUCACGACGAACACCUCGUCUGCUCGCUCAUGGACAAGAUCGCUGGUCAGACGUGUACGUCAUGGGAGAAAAAGAUGGUCAUGACCUUCCUUCCCAACACCUGCAUGAUCCUCCGUUUGAACAUGCAGAACCGGGAAUAUAUGAACUUCCCGAAGGAGCCCAAGGUCAUGAUAGAGGUCGACCCUGGCGAGCACGUUGCUCCACAGACAGCGGAGGAGGAGAAGGAAGAUCGUGCAUAUCAGCAGUAUAUCAAGAAGUGGACGAAGAAGUUGAGGAAGGGGCAGAUCACAUCGGAGAAGUGGGACGCUGCUUUCACAAAAUGGCGGGAGAGUCCGCAUGAAGCACGUAUGGCGCUAGCAGGGGCGUCGAAGUAG